CGAACUUUCCUCUUGACUUAACUUGUUUCAAGGUUAGCUCCCAUUUUCCUUUUCUCGUGUGGUUCGUACCGAUUGGAGUCGGUUAAAAUGGGACGCCGACCAGCGAGAUGUUAUCGAUAUUGUAAAAAUAAACCAUAUCCGAAAUCUAGAUUUUGUCGUGGUGUGCCAGAUCCAAAGAUUCGAAUUUUCGAUCUUGGGAAGAAGAAAGCAUCUGUAGAGGACUUCCCAUUAUGUGUGCACUUAGUGUCGGACGAAUAUGAACAACUCAGUUCUGAGGCUUUGGAAGCUGGACGUAUUUGUGCUAACAAGUACAUGGUGAAAAAUGCUGGAAAAGAUCAAUUUCAUAUUCGUAUGAGACUUCAUCCGUUCCAUGUUAUUCGCAUCAAUAAAAUGUUAUCGUGUGCUGGAGCUGAUAGGCUUCAGACUGGAAUGAGAGGUGCCUUUGGUAAGCCUCAAGGUACUGUGGCCAGAGUACAUAUUGGUCAACCUAUUAUGAGCGUGCGUUCCUCUGAUCGCCAUAAGGCGGCUGUCAUUGAAGCUCUGCGACGUGCGAAGUUUAAGUUCCCUGGGCGUCAGAAGAUUUACGUAUCAAAGAAAUGGGGUUUCACGAAGUACGAUCGCAUAGAAUACGAGGAAUUGAAAGCAGCAGGUCGUCUUGCCCCAGAUGGUUGCAAUGUCAAGUAUCUACCUGAGCACGGACCGCUCGAUGAAUGGAAAAAGUUCAGGAAAGUACUUGCUGCAGCUUAAACAAGCAUGGGACAUAUUUUGGACAUUGAAUUGAAUAAAAUAUAUAAUCAUAAAAAUUGAAA